AAAACAGAGGAAGGGUGGAGCAGAGAGAGAAGGAGAUGCCACUAAAAGCUUCAAAAUGGAUCAAAUGAAUGCAUGCAUGGGACCACCACUGCCAGUUGUUGGGUCUACACCUCCCACAGUCUUCAACAAUAAUGAGCUGAUCAGGAUUGUGUUGGUGGGGAAGACUGGAGUUGGAAAGAGCGCCACAGGAAACACCAUUCUGGGAAAAAAGUGCUUUAAAUCUGAGGUCUGUGCUAUAUCUGUGACAGAACACUGUGAAAAGGUUUAUUAUGAGGUGGAUGGACAAAAGAUUGCUGUUAUCGACACUCCAGGCCUGUUUGACACCAGGAACACUGAAGAGGAAACCGUCAAAGAAAUUGCCCAGUGCAUCUCCUAUGCUUCACCUGGACCUCAUAUCUUCCUGGUCAUCAUCAAAGUGGGCAGAAUCACAGAGGAAGAAAAACACACAGUGCAGAAGAUUCAGAAAAUCUUUGGUGAGGAAGCCAACAAAUACAGCAUGGUUCUCUUUACCCAUGGUGACCUGCUCAAAGGGAAAACUAUUGAGGAGUUCUGGGAGGACAGUGAAGAUCUGCAGGACCUUGUGGACAAAUGUAACGGCCAGUACCACGUGUUCAAUAAUGAGGUGGAGGAUCAUUCUCAGGUCAGAAAGCUGCUUGAGAAGAUAAGAGAUAUAAAUGAUCAGAAUGGAGGAAGCUACUACACCAACGAAAUGUUCCAAAAGGCAGAGAGAGAGAUAGAAGAGGAGAAACAACGAAUCCUGAAAGAGAAAGAAAAACAAAACCGCAGAGAGCAGGAGAAACUGAGGAAGGAAAUAGAGGAAAAGUAUCAGCAAAACAUGAGAGAGAUUGAGGCUGAGACGGAGAAAUUAAGAGAAGAACGUGAAAAAGAAGAAAAAGAGAAAAUAAAAAAACUAAAAGAAGAGCAAGAAUUUCAGGCCAGAAAGGAAGCCGAGAACAAUGCUAAGAUCAAAGCCAUGUUGAUUGAAUUAGGUUUAGCUGUUUUGUCUAUUGGCAUUACGAUGGCAUCCCGAGGAUGUUUUAAACCAAGAUAG